AUGGAGGUGCCAUUCCUGGGUCUUUCCCUGAGUCUCGUUCUUCUAGCAACAGGAUGGGGAAAUGGGGCUGGCGCAGCCUGGGCAUCAUCUCCUGGGGGCUGCAGACUAGUGCAGAGCACUGCCACCUGCAAUGGAAGAUGGUUGAAUUCAGUCCCAAGAAAUCUGCAAGAUGAGUUAGAGGAGCUGCUGCUCGAUAACAACACUAUACGGGUCCUGGAGAAUGCCUCUGUGCUUCCAUACCAAAAAUUGAGGUAUCUCAGCUUGUCAAAGAAUCGUCUGGAGCUCAUUGAACCUGGUGCAUUCCUGGGCAGCCAAGGCCUCCACGUGCUCUCCUUGGCAGACAACCUCCUCUUCACAAACUACUCGGUGACAGCAGCUGCUUUUUCUGCUUUACCAGCUCUGAGGAAAUUGGAUCUGGCUGGAAACUGCCUCAGUGAGGACAUGGUGUCAGUUUUGCUCUGGAACCUGUCCUCCUUGGAGUCCUUGUCUGUGGCCAGGAACCUCAUCAUGAGGCUGGACUCAUCCACCUUCACAAACCUGACUCAGCUCCUGGAGCUGAACCUGGAGAAGAAUUACAUCUUUGAGAUUGACCAAGCUUUUGAAGGGCUGCAGAAGCUACAGAGGCUCAACAUGGCUUACAACUACAUCCCAUGCAUAGCUGAGUUUGACCUGACACAGCUCAGGGUGCUCAACAUCAGCAACAAUGCCAUUGAGUGGUUUCUGGCUGUUGAAAGCAAUGACCUCUUUGAGCUGGAGGUGCUGGACCUGUCCCACAACCAUCUCCUGUUCUUCCCUGUGCUGCCCCGGCACAAUAAGCUGCGCUCCUUGCUGCUGAAGGACAACAAGUUGAGCUUUUACCAGCGGCUUGCCAACGCCACAUCCCUGGCAAAUGCCACAGUGCAGUUCCUGCUCACUUAUGGCAAUUCCACCAACAUCACUACAGUCAGCCUCUGGGAUGAGAUUUGCCACAGCAAUCUCUCCUCCUUACAGCUCCUAGACAUGAGCCAGAACCGGAUCUGGUACCUACCAGAGGGUUUCCUGGUAAAAAUGCCUUCCCUGACCCACCUGAAACUAAACCAGAACUGUAUGGAGAUGUUUCACGUGCCCAAGAGGAACCCCCUAGCAAUGCUGACAGACCUGGACCUAAGCCAGAACCGUCUCUCAGAGCUGCGGGUGGACCUGCCUGCUGGGGCUGUGCCCAACCUGCAGCUAUUCAAUUUGAGCACCAACAGGCUGACGGUGCUUCCUGUUGGAUUUUUCACCCACACCAAGAAGAUCACUACAGUUGACCUCAGUCACAACCGAGUAGACCUGUGUCCCCUGCAAGCUGUACUAGGCAAGGGGGAGAAUCUACCUUGUGUAGACAUCAGGGGUAUCACAACCUUAACUCAUGUCUCCUUGGCUGGCUGUGGCCUGCAAGGUUUGGGCAGUCAUCCCUUCCAGGGGACACCACUUAAACACUUGGACCUCUCUGACAACCAGGAGGUACUGUCUGGGGGCCUGGGAUGGCUGCAGGAUCUUAAUCUAACCUUGCAGGUUUUGUCUCUCAGAAACACCAAUCUCUCUUCCACUGUGGUGGACAUCGACUUCUCUGGCUUUCAGAGCUUGAUAUGCUUGGAUUUGUCAGGAAAUUCCCUGAUAACCUUCCCUGCAGCUCUCGGCAUCCUCAAACUGCAUACGCUUGACCUCCGUGACAACUGCCUCCCAGCUCUUCCACAGGAUGUGAUAUGGACACCUCUGGGGAAGAGUCUCCGUGAGGUCUACCUCAGUCGAAAUCCUUACAACUGCUGCCUGCUGGGAUGGUGGGACUCCUUGCAGCGGGUUGAGGGGCUGCAUGUGCGCGAUGGCCAGGAGGUCACUUGCAGGUAUGACUCCAAGACAGUGAGUGCCAGGGCCAUGCCAGAGAACAUCAUCAAGGACUGCCAGUGGAGGACAGCUGACCUGGUUCUGCUGUACCUGGCACUUGCUCUGCCAACUUGCUUGACUUUCCUGGUUGUCUUUGUUAUUAUUUUCCUCACAUUUAAGCAAAAGCUGCUUAAAAUGGUGAAAAGUCAGUGUGGGCUGUCCAGCCCUUAUUGAUAGUUGUGGAGAAAGAGGAAGGGCUGGUGCCACGUGGAACUGGUAAAUCUGUGCUGGCCAUCAGGGGCCUGAGACC